GCGCCGGGCCCGGCGAUGGCGGCGGGGCCCGUGGGGGCCGUGGCGGCGGCGCUGAGCGGGGUGGGCGCGCUGCGCUUCGGGCACUUCGUGCUGAAGAGCGGCCGCUCCUCGCCCGUGUACAUCGACCUGCGCGGCCUCGUGUCCCACCCGCGGCUCCUGCGGCAGGUUGCAGGACUCCUUUUCCAGGCAGCCCAGGAUGCGGGGCUGCAGUACGACUGUGUGUGCGGCGUUCCGUACACGGCGCUGCCGCUCGCCACCAUCAUCUGCUCGGAAAAUCAGGUGCCCAUGCUCAUACGGAGGAAGGAGGCAAAAGACUACGGUACUAAGCGGAUGGUAGAAGGCACCAUUAAUCCAGGAGAGACGUGUCUGAUCAUUGAGGAUGUGGUGACAAGUGGAUCCAGUGUACUGGAAACUGCAGAAGCUCUCCAGAAAGAAGGAUUGAAAGUCACAGAUGCCGUAGUGCUGUUGGACAGGGAGCAGGGUGGGAAGGCCAGGCUAGAGGAACACGGAAUUCGCCUGCACUCUGUGUGCACCCUGUCUGGGGUGCUGGAGGUUCUCCAGCAGCAGGGAGAAGUGGCUGCUGAGGUGGUUGAAAAGGUGAAGAAAUUCAUAGAGGGAAAUGUGUUUGAGGCUCAGAAUGGUGCUGCUCCUGGGAAGAGGCUCUGCAAGGAGCUGAGCUUCAGCGCUCGUGCCCAGCUGCCAGGGGUGCAUCCUAUUGCAGCCAGGCUUCUCAUGCUCAUGGAGAAGAAGCAAACCAACCUGUGCCUUUCUGCUGAUGUCACCAGCCCCAAGGAGCUGCUGGAGCUAGCUGCCACCCUGGGCCCCAGCAUCUGCAUCCUGAAGACUCAUAUAGACAUCCUGAAUGACUUCACCCAGGAGGUAGUAAAGGAGUUGAGAGCGCUCGCAGAUCAACAUGAAUUCUUGAUUUUUGAAGACAGGAAAUUUGCAGAUAUUGGAAACACAGUGAAACACCAGUAUGAAGGUGGCGCGUUCAGGAUCGCAUCCUGGGCAGACAUCGUCAAUGCCCACGUGGUUCCAGGCUCGGGGGUUGUGAAAGGCCUGAAGGAAGUGGGUCUGCCCCUCCAGCGUGGCUGUCUCCUGGUGGCAGAGAUGAGUUCCCAAGGCUCCCUUGCAACAGGGGAAUACACAAAAGCUGCAGUACAGAUGGCUGAAGACAACUCAGAUUUCGUUUUUGGAUUCAUAUGUGGAUCUAGAGUUAGUAAUAAACCAGAAUUUCUUCACUUAACCCCGGGAGUGCAGCUGCAAACUGGAGGUGACAACCUUGGACAGAGGUACCUGAGCCCCAAGGAGGUCAUUGGUGAAAAAGGCUCAGAUGUCAUUAUUGUGGGACGGGGCAUCCUGGCAGCCUCAGACCGUGCCCAGGAAGCAGAGAAGUUCAGGAAGGCAGCGUGGGAGAGCUACCUGAGCAGGCUGGCUGCUCCUGCAGAGGAUUGAAACCACAAAGCCACACACUGCCCUAGCCAGUGAGCAAAGCUGAUGGAGCUGCAGCCCUCAUGAGGGGUCCAGUUAAAUACGUGGACACUUCAGCCUGUAGAAAACUGCCCUUUUGGAGAAAAAUCUAUUGCAGAGUUGUUUUAAUUGUACACACAGAGGUCAAAUUGUACUUGCCAUUGUUGUUUUUUGAUAUUUGAAUGUAAGAACCCAGAACUUCAUGCCAAAUUUUUAGCCUUAGUGGGAUUUCUUGUUUGAAAAACAUUGCACAAAACACUCCAAGGGUACUUUUGGCUGUUGUUGCCUUCGUCUCUUUUCCCCACCUCAAAUUCUUUCUGGCUGUGGAAAUUAUAUUUUGUUAUGUUCUUAAUAAACUGCAUCUGCACGCUGGAUGUGCUGCCCCACCUUCCUAGGUUUAUUCAGCUCUCCUGUUUCCAAGGAGCAAGUGCAGGUUAUAAUGCCACAUUGAAAUAGAAUUAUGUUUAAUAAAUAUUUUUGCUACCAUUUUCAUUUUCACUGACUCUAUAUGUCUUUGUUCUGUGGCAGAAAUAUAAUAAAAAGUCAUUCUGGUGUGUCUGUGACUGCAGGAAUUGCUCAUGAUUCUGUUUACAGAAUUUGUCAGAGCAGUUAGUUGUGUGCUUAAUUACAGUGCAGCUGUUGAUUAAAUGAAAUAAAAAUACACUUUAUUAGACUUCUUGUGACAAUAGCUGUUAAUACUUGCAGGCUUUACUUUCCACUGUACAUAGUAAAUAAUAAGAAAUAGAAAUACCUUACAUGAUUAGUUUAGAGUAAAGUGUAUCUAGCAUAUAUGUGGUGCAAAUAGCAAUGAAAAUUUUCUUGAGCAAGAAGUCAGAAACCUGUGGUGAUGCAGUUCUGGACUGUUGCUGUUCCAGAGCACAUGGAAAGCUGGGUCCUUUUGUUAAUACACUUGCAUCUAGACUAGGAACAACUGUGUUUAGUGAGGGUUUUGACAUUAGUGCUGGGCUCUUCAUCAAGUCUUUGUAAACAGGAGACUGGAGAGGCUUUUCUGGAGGAGGUUUUUUUGAUUGGUUUAACUUGUGCAGGAUGUCUAAGACCAAGGGCCACAGGUUGGCAUCUGAGGGCUUUGCUUUAUCCCUCCUGUUUUAGUGACUAAAUGCUCUUUCAUGAUUCAGCUGCUUGUGGGGCCUAAGAUGUGGAGAGAAUGUUAGAACAUUGUUUGUGUUAUUUUCCUUGGGGCUAUCAGUUGCUUCAGUAGGAUUAUGUAUCAUAAUUCACACGUGGAGAAUUCCACCCUGUGGAAGAUGGAACUUGUUGAUUGUGAGGUAUCCUGGUCAGACACCCUGCAACAGUGAGUGGGAUGGAAUAUUUCACAUCAACGUCUAAGAAGUUCCAGUCCUUCAGAGUGAGCAGAGGAUUUUGUUUGCUGUUAUCUCAUGGCCCUGAGGCCUGUAGCACAACAAGACUUCCUCGCUUAGACCUGUCUGCAGAAAAUUGCUUUUUCCACCAGAGGGAGCUGAGACUCUAUUUUUGGGGAGCGUUAAUGUUCUGCCGUUUUUACAGCUUCCAAUAAUUUCCAACUCUAGAUAAUCCUCAGAAUGAAAAUCUCUGGUUUUUAACAAGUUGCACCCUUGCUGCUGGGUGUAUUUAAAACAUUUAAAUGCCAUUCUAACAUUUAAAGCAGUGUUCUAAAGCUGAUUUAGAACAAUGGUUUAUCAGAAAGCUGCCUCAGGCUGAGGCUCAGCACAGUGUGUUGUUGUGGGCUCACUGUUACAGCACAAGCAGAAUUUCAUGAGUUCAGUAUUUUCCACUAACUCUGCUGAAUCGUGUUUAAGCAUGUGGCUGACAGCCGUGGAGCUGAAUCCCUGAGCAGGCUCUUUGGAGAGCGAGUUUAUCAGGCUCCUGCUUAAAAAACAGCAACUGGAUUUGGCAAGAUGAAUGUGAUCUAAUAUCCUGUCACUUUUGGAGGGUACGUGCAGCUCCCUUUCUUUACAAAGCGAGUUCUGAGGAAGGGAUCAAUUGGGAAACUUCAUUUCACAGCCCUUUUUGUGCCCUCCAGAAAGAGCUGUGUUCUGGCACUUCGUGUGACACCACUGCUGCAAACAUUUCAAUUAGUGAAACAAAAACGUGUUACCUCCUAUAUGCAUUCUUCUGUCAGAAUGAUUAUAGUAAACAAGUGUGUGCACUGCCUUUGAGGCACCUGAAAGUGAUUAAAAAUCCAUUUCAAAUUAAGAACAAAUGUUAAUUUCCUUGCUUGCUCCUGCUGCUUGCAUUCAUCACACAGUCCCUGCUGUUGGUCCCAACUGUUCCUAACAUGGGAACUAGGUCACAAUUUACAAAACUCAUUUGCAUCAUAAUAUAUGAAUCUGAAACUCUUGCAGUUCAUUCUGUGAUCUGAUUGAGCCUGUGGUAGAGGCAUAAGGCUAUAUUUAAAUUUCUCAAUUUAAUGUUAACUGGCAGUAGGCAUUUAUAUGAAAUUGUGAUCCUUACCCAUUCUGGAGUAUGGUUUAUAACAGAAUGUAAGGAAAUCACUCUUUUCAUAGUGAAAUAAGAUUGUGACCAAGUGUUGUCAGUGCUUGCAGCAGAAAGCUGCCUGACUUGCUGCUAUUUAUGAGCAGCAGCUCCUGAGAAUUGUGAGACCAGCACAAGCUGCAACCUCUAAGGAAUUGUUACGUAGCUGUUGAUAUUUGUGUGCAAAGUCCACUCUGUCUUGGAGGUUGUGGGUAUCUGUGUCAAGAGAACCCAGCCAGGGCACUUAAAUCAGUCUAACUGCAUAAAUACAGUGCUUUACUCAGACUUAAAAUCCUUGCAAAAUCUUGAUAAACCCACGGCUGAAUUAAAACCAGCCAAGUUAAACCAGCAGCAUCCUUAAAAGUAUUAUUUGUAUGUCACAGUAUCAAUGUUGCUUUAUUAAUGGUUAACUGACAGCUCAUAUUAUAGUUUCCAUAGCCUAGUCUAUGAAAAUUUAUUUGAAACUUAAUCCCAGAAAAAUAACUGAAUCACUUCCCUUUAAGUUUAUGUGGAAAGCCUGUUGCUGUGGAUUUUUUUAGUAAGAGACACAAACAUUGCGUUUAGAGAAUAGCACCAAAGGAAUGUGAAACACCCAGAGGAAGUUUGUUUUCAGAUCUGACUCUUGGAGGUCACUGUCUCAGGGAAUGGUCUGUUUUGGAAGACUGGUGAUUGGGCUGUGGGCUAGACAUGCUGGAUUAUUUGUUUGUUUGUUUGUUUGUUUGUUUACUUGUUUGUUUGUUUGUAACCAUGCUGGUGGAUCUUGGUCAGUCUGUACCACAGUGACAAGUACUGCUCUGAAUGCUGCAAGAAAUUAAAACUGGGUUGGCUUUGUCCUCA